CCCGGCGAUAUGGGCUGGGCUGGGCUGGAAAGGUCGAAUGCCAUGCCAGCUGCAAUAAUAAACAAACCAGAGGUUGGCAAAGCCGGUGCCUGGGCAAAGAGCAAGGGAAGCAGAGCACUUAUUCCAAAGGAGGGGAAAACAAGGAGAGCAGUUCUGUUGGGAUUUCCUUCUUCAGGCACCCAUACAUCCUGACUGGUCUUGGAUACUGUGAUCCUUGAAGGGAGGAAUAAUUUGCUUCUUUACUUCAGAGCCUGCACUUCUCACCCUCUGUUCCUUUUCCAAAACUGGCACCAAUGGGGAAGAAGACAGAAGAGUCAGAUUGUCAGAAGCAGUUUGAAGCAGCUGUCAGUGUCAUCCAAGGCUUACCAAAGAAUGGUUCCUAUUCUCCAUCUUAUGAAGAAAAGCUACGUUUCUACAGUUACUAUAAGCAAGCAACUGUGGGUCAGUGCCAGAUCCCUAGACCUGGGUUUUGGGAUCCUAUCGGCAGGUAUAAAUGGGAUGCAUGGAAUAGAUUAGGAAAGAUGACCAAAGAGGAAGCUAUGGCUGCUUACGUUGGAGAGAUGAAGAAGGCAGCCCAGAAGGUCAUCAACACAGUGCCGCUGGAUGAAUCGUCGGAGAACAUGUUUGUCUACUUUGAACACCUCUAUGAAGUAAUCCAUGACAUGCCCAGGCCUCCAGACUCCUUCUUCCAGAAGAAAGCAGGGCCAGGACAUAUGGACAAAGCUAUCAAGAGCAACCAAGUGACCAGUGAUUCUGAGAGUGAGGUGUUCUGUGAUAGUCUGGAACAGGUAGAGCCUGAACAGCCAAGGAGGCUAUCAGUGAAGCAGAGCCUCCCCCUCAACAGUCCUCAAAGAGUUGCUGAAGAGAAAAGCCACCAUAUGCCUUCAGAGCAUGCACCAUUAUCCGCCAGGGAAGGAAAGCUUUACCAAGGUGCUACCACAGUUACAGGCCUAUUUCAUUUGUCACCUCCGUCUCAUGUUACAGAUCUGCAGAGUGACCCAAUUGAGAAAGGUCUCAACAGCAACCCUGAAGUCUUUGGCGGAAGCCCUGCAGGUACCUUGGGACAGCGGGAAGUGGAUCUACAAGUGACAAACACCAUUCAUGCUUUGCAGCAGGACAUGAAGAACGUGAAGGAAAGACUCAGUUACCUGGAAUCAUGGGCAGCAUUGCAGGGCCACACAUCAACGUUGAAUCCUUGCCUGCCAACCAUACCACAUGAUGAAAAGGAACCACCAAGAUGGCCUAUACACCUGUCUCCUCCUAGCUGGAUUUUCUUGCUGGCUUGGCCUUUUGUUGUCCAGUGGCUUCUUUGGUGUUUUCAGAGACAGAAGAGGUGAAUGUCUACCUGUCUGUGACCAACGUAUACAAUAACAAUCUGGAAAUGAUUUAAAAGUUGUGAUGAUUUCAGACUCUCGACACUGAAUGUCUACCAACAUCUCUAUUACAAGGGAUUUUUUAUCUUUUUUCUAACCACAGCACUGCAGGCUUAUCAUGGGAAGGGAAGAUAUAAAUAAAGAGAAAGAGGAAAGUGACUACAAAGAGAAACCUGUGGUAUUUUUUCAGACACCACAAGGAAAGCUCCAAGAGAGAACAGAGACUUAAAAGUACAAAGCUUUUCCUGACAAUCCUUUCAACAUUAAGCUGGCAGUCAUGUGUAUCACAUAAUGCAGCAUCAUAUGAGAAAUGGUUAGUCCUCCUGAUAUUUUAGACUAGAUCUCCCAUAAACCUUUAUCGUUGGCUAUGCUGACUGGGGCUUCUGGCAGCUGAAGAGCCAAAUGUUCCUCACUUCCAAUGUAGAGUAAUUCAGGGCUUGAAUUGGUAGAAGGCUUUCUUAAUUAAGACAGAAGACGGUAGAAGGCUUUCUUCAUUAAAGACAGAAGGUAACCCUUUUUGUUCAAGGAGGCAAUGCAUUUUGGAGAUUUUGUUUUGAUCUCAGUAAGUAAACCAUCCCAACCAUGCAAAACCAUGUGAUGCUCAUAAAGGAAACUGUGUCUGCCUCUUCUCUCUUGAUGCCUCCUCAUUUCACAAGGCCUGAUAGCCAUCAUGCUGACAAAAUUGCCACCUAUUUUCAUGCCCUCCUUCCUUUCUCAGGUGUGAGUGGAAAAAGGCAACACUUUGAUCAAGCUUAAGUUGGGCAUGUUUAGCCUGGAGAAGAGAUAAUUAAGAGAUGAUGUGAUAGCCAUCUUCACAAAUUUCAAGGGUUGUCACAUGUCAAAGAGCAAAUUGGUUUUCUGUUGCUCUAUUGCGUAGAGAUCAAAACAAAAGACCUAUAAGACAGUGUUUUUUAUUUUUUAAUACUCAUUGGGGAGGGCAACUUGACAGGUAAAUUUGUUUGACAGUGCAACAGACUGGCACAGAAGGUGCAGAUUGUCCUUCAUUCAAAUUUUUAAGCAGAGGCUGGAAGACUGCCUUUAAAGCAGUGGUUGUCAAUCUGUGGGUCACAACUCCUUUGAGGGUUGAAUAACCCUUUCACAGGGGUCGCCUAAGACCACUGAAAAACACAUAUUUCCUUUUAUUUUUUUAAUAAACAAUUUUAUUGGUUUAAAAACACAUAUUUCCAAUGGUCUUAGGAACCAAGACACCGCUCCUCUAUGGCUGGGGGUCACCACAACAUGAGGAACUGUAUUAAAGGGUCAUAGCAUUAGGAAGGUUGAGAACCACUGCUUUAAAGGAUGUUGUAGCAUUUUUCUGGUUUGAACUAGAUGCCUUUGAGGUCCUUUCCAACAUACUGAUAUUGUAGCACAGGGGUAUAUAAUCUGGGGCUGUGUGUGGACUUUGGUGAUUCCCUGUUGAUCCUUGAUAUGUUCUAGCAGAGAAUUUUGGAAGUAUUUAUGGCCAUGAAUGUUGUGCAAUGGCUACCAUGGCCUUGAAUUCUCCCAGCGCACAAUAACCAGUUAACUGUACUCACCCAGGUAAAAAUGAAAGGGAGGACUGAAUACAGGCUUGUAAAAAGAUCAGCUGUACUAGAGACCAACCUCUGAGAAAGUGCAAAUGCUUUUGCAGUGAUUCAUAUGCUAGUGUACUUCCCCAGCAUAGUGUAUGUUUUUGUGUCCCCUGUUAGAAAAUAUAUGUUAACUCUGGCAUCCUGUUAGGAACAUACGCACAUGUACGUUUCCCUUAAGCUUAGGGUCUGCAGCAGUUGGACUUUCCUUCCUCCUCCACAGCUCUCUAAGUCCACCCCUGAUCUUACUGUAUAGUUUCUGAAUUGUGUGUCCAUUGUGCAUCUCAUGGGGAGUGAGCAAGAUCAAAGAAGCUUCUAGCUUUGUCCUUGUAGCUAGACCCUAAAUGAUUACAGAAGCACCAAGACCUCCAGAGGAUUCAAAUGGAUCUCAGCAUUAGUGUAAUCAUUUCAUAUUUGGAUAUGGGGACAUAGCCAGAUGUGCCUCUGAUCCUGGCUGUUCCCCAUGAGUGUGAAAUGGCUGUGAGGAGGCUAAAAUGCAGCCUAUAUUUGAAAUACUUACUAAUCAGUUAGUUUUUCUAAACCAUGAAGAAAGAAGGGACUCCUUCUGAUGUAAAAAUGAUAGUCUUUACCAGUGUUUGCAUCUCAGGGAAGGAAUCAAGUAUUCCCAUUCAAGUAGGACUUGCUGUCCACCUUGUACCCCCAGCAAGCUGCUCAGAGUUGGAAGGAGCCUGGAAAGCCAUGUAGCUCACUGUUCUUAUUCAGUGCAAGAAAUCCAGAGCUAGAGCGUCUCCAAUGAUAGUUGUCUACCCUCUGCUUGUUACCACCACUUCCAUGGCCACAUGUUGGUUCCACUAGCCAGCUGCUCCUACCAUCAUUAAGUGAUGGCAUAGCUGUUUAAAUCCUGAUUUUCAGUUAUUCUUGGCUCUGGAUUUGAUUGUAUAGUUUGUGCUGAUGUUGUUGUUAGACGAUUUUAACAUGAUUUUAUUAUGGAAAGUGGCUUACAAAUAAAUGAAUGAUGGCAACCAUGAGAA